CAAAGUACUUUGUAAGACUCUAGUCGCAUACCUGUCAAAUUAUAUAUAUUAGUUUUCUAACUUCAGGGUCUCCGACCAUCCACUACAUUCAUAGUAGAGUUUCGGUUUAUAUAAACGAGAAUGUCUUUAGGAACUUUAUACUCUUUUAAGGACAAUACUAGAACUGUUUGUUUGCUUGAACUAGCUAGACGUUUGAAUUUACAAGUUGACCUUGUUGAAACUUAUCCUCACAAGUUCCCUGCCGAGUUGGCUGCCAAAUUCCCUCUUCAAAAGCUCCCUGUAUUCAUUGGUUCCAAUGGGCUCGAAUUGAGCGAACUCGUAGCCAUUCUUAAGUACUUCUAUGAAGUGGGCAAGCAGAAUGAUACCGAGCUACUUGGUGCAAUCAAUGCAAAGGAAGAAGCCGAAAUUUGGCAAUGGAUUGGAUAUGUGAAUUCUGAUAUCGUAACUCCUUCUGUCAUUCGUCCCUGGUUGGGCAUGUGCCGAGGUGCGACUCCUUACGAAGAAAAGCCCUUCAAGGAGUCUAGCGGAAAGGCUUUGGGUGUUUUGAAGAAAUUUAAUGAUAUGUUAAUUGACCGCACCUUUUUGGUUGGUAACCGCUUCACAAUUGCCGACUUAGUUGUUGGCAGUAUGUUACGCCUUUUCUAUCGCUUCAUCGUUGACCCUGAGCAACGUUCUAAGCUCCCUCAUUUGACCAGAUAUUAUGUUACCAUGUUCCAUCAAGGUAACUUAUCUGAAAUUAUUCCCUUGGAAUUGAUUCCUUCUGUAGUUAUUGCAAAGAACUAGGCACUAUUUUUUACAAAAGCAGUGAAUUUAACUGCGUAUAUUGAAUAUUGAAUAUAAAUAUAAAAUUAAAUUGAUUUUGUUAAUAACUAUGAAAUUUGUCAGUAAAAAGGAC